GACGAUCAUCGACUGCUCGAAACAAAAAGGGGGUGUCACUUGGACUGCCGCUUAGUGAGUCCUCCUUGGCUGCAGGUGGAGCUCUAGGCAGAAUUGGCGCGGUGCCGUCGCUGUCCGUAGCCGGUCCUGUUCUCAGUGCCGAUCAGUGUUGUGGCUGUUCCAUGUGUGAUGGUCGCUGUAGUGACCAUGGUCAUGAUACCAUUCCGUCUCUGCUAUCUACGGCUCCUGUCCAGCCUUCUGGUGCUGGCGGUCCUGAGCUCGGGAGCCGGCACCACAACCACCAAAUGUCAUCCUAACUCCCAGGAGGAUCGAGCCUCGAGAAAUGAAACUAAGGCCUUUCCGGUGGUAACCGUUGACUUUGAUCAUGUCCGUCCCCAGUUCGUGGUGGCCCUGUGGAUCUUAUUGGCCUCCUUAAUGAAACUGGGUUUUCACUAUCUCCCAAAGGUGUCCUCGAUUGUCCCAGAGAGCUGCGUGCUGGUGUGUGUGGGCCUUGUUGUAGGAGGUCUGAUAAAGGGUGUAGGAUCAGAGCCACCUAUCUUGAGGACAGAUGUAUUCUUUUUUUUUCUCCUUCCCCCCAUCAUUUUGGACGCUGGCUACUUCUUGCCAAUUAGACCUUUCACAGAGAACUUGGGAACAAUACUGAGCUUUGCAGUGAUUGGAACACUAUGGAAUGCAUUUUUUGUUGGACUACUGAUGUAUGCAGUGUGCCAGUUCGGGCCCAGUGAACUGCAACAUAUUAGUCUAUUGUCCAACCUGGUGUUUGGCAGCAUCACUUCAGCUGUGGAUCCUGUGGCGGUGCUGGCUGUCUUUGAAGAGAUUCACAUCAAUGAAUUGCUGCACAUCCUGGUGUUCGGAGAGUCUUUGCUCAAUGAUGCAGUGACUGUGGUGCUGUAUCACCUCUUUGAUGAACUUGCUUCUGCCUCUGUAAUUGGAGCCAAGGAAGUGGUCCUGGGACUCCUGUCGUUUUUUGUGGUGGCUAUUGGAGGUGUCCUUGUUGGUAUUUUCUUUGGAAUUUUGGCUGCCUUCACCUCCCGCUUCACAUCUCGCAUUCGUGUUAUCGAGCCUCUCUUUGUUUUCCUCUACAGUUACAUGGGUUACUUGUGUUCGGAGCUCUUCCAUCUGUCAGGAAUCAUGGCCCUUAUUGCCUGUGGUGCAGUCAUGCGUCCUUAUGUGGAGGCAAACAUAUCUCAUAAAUCACACACCACCAUUAAGUACUUCUUGAAGAUGUGGAGUAGUGUCAGUGAGACUCUCAUCUUCAUCUUUCUGGGUGUGUCCACAUUUGCUGGAGAACAUGAUUGGAACUGGAUCUUCGUGUCCUGCACGGUGAUAUUCUGCCUGAUUGGUCGAGUCCUUGGUGUCCUAGGUCUGACUUUCAUACUUAACAGAUUCCGCAUUGUGAAACUCACUCCCAAGGACCAGUUCAUAAUUUCAUACGGGGGUCUACGAGGAGCUAUCGCCUUUUCACUUGGCUACCUACUGAAUAACACAUUCCCUCGAGCCAUGUUCCUCACUGCCAUUAUUACCCUCAUCUUCUUCACCGUGUUUGUUCAGGGGAUGACUAUUCGACCAUUGGUUGAAUUGCUUGCUGUGAAGAAGAAACAAGACACCAAACGUUCCAUUAAUGAAGAGAUCCACAUACAGUUCCUGGAUCAUUUACUGACUGGUAUUGAAGAUGUAUGUGGACAUUAUGGACAUCACCACUGGAAGGACAAGCUGAGCCGGUUUAAUAAAAAGUACAUUAGGAAAUGUUUAAUUAGUGGAGAAAGAUCCAAAGAACCUCAGCUCAUUGCAUUUUAUCACAAGAUGGAGAUGAAAAAUGCGAUUGAAAUGGUAACGACUGGUGGCCUACCCAAGGUUCCAACGUCAGUAUCCAUACAGGAUAUGACAAGAAGAAGUACACUUACUGAACGACUGCUGCCCACACUUUCCAAAGAAAAAGAGGAGGAAGUCCGGAAAAUACUCAGAGAUAAUCUCCAAAAAACAAGACAGCGGCUUCGAUCCUAUAGCAGGCAUACUCUGGUUGUUGACUCAUACGAGGACCAAUGGAGUCAAAUAUUUCUGAAACGUCAAAGAUUGCAAAGCAUGGAUGCACGGACACCUUCUCAGAUGUUAUCUCCACCUCUUGACUGGGAAUCCCCAAGGACUUCCAAUGUAAAAGCUGAAUCAGAUUCCCUGAAUUAUGAGGGCAUGGAUUCUGCAGAGAAUAUGCCAGUGAUCACUGUUAAGUUAGCCAGUGAUUCCUCCAAGUCAACAGUUGGUAUUUUAAGUGAACCUUCUGUGACAGAGAAGGAAAACGGAACUCCUGAUGUUGGACUUUCACAAUCGGCAACGCUAGAUGUUUCACCCAGUCAGCGCAUCCUGCGUUUUGUGAGUGACCCAGGACCGGAGAGCAAACCUGCUGACCACGAUGAGUCAUAGAGCCAACCAAGACAUUAAAUCUCUAGCUCCUGCCAACGUCAUUCAUCACCCCAAAUUAUGCUUGAAGCCUGUUUCUCAUGGUGUAUUUCCAGAGAUAAAACUCCUCCUUGUUUGUUCCCGUCUCACAGAGCAGUGUAAAUACCAAUCUUACAAUGGGGAGUAAGGGACAAAAGAAAAAAGUACUGAAAUUUUGUUUGUGGUAAAGAUAUUUUUGGUUGAUAUUAGUGAGAAUCACAGUUGAUAUAAUUAAUGUCUGGCCUCCUGUACAGUAGGUGUCCAGUAUUCAAUCCAGGUGCUGUUCCCUGGUAAGUCUGUCAAUAUUCCUUCAUAUGCCAGAGCUGGGGCCUAUAAGACAGCCACAACACUUCGAGAAACAGGUUCUGAUCCGAAGGUCCUCAUCAGCUCAAGCACACAAAAUAUAUGUCUUGAAACCAAAGAUCAAAUUUAUUUUUCUAGUUGUUAUCAGGGACUACUUUUCAUCAGAUUGUAUUAAAGUAGUUCCAUUUUAUGUUGUAUAUUCUAAUUGUGAUAGAAAGAUGAUCACUGCUAAAUGUCUGGAGGGCCCAUUUAUAUAUAUUGUCUGACCAGUGUCAGUAUUUCAACUUGUGGAAUGCACUAUAAUUCACUUGUGUCAGGGACCAAAUACACUGGCAAUUCUGGUCCAGCCAGUGAUUCCAGCCAAGCCAUUUUAAUGUUGCAGCCUUUAUUCCAAACAUUGGCAUUAAAGGAGUUUAUCAGAACUCCAGAAGAUGGAGAUGGGCAAUGUGUAGAGGAGAACAGGAAAGAAGGCAGGGAAACAGGGUGCAGCCAAGUUCAGUGGGGAGGUAAUAGUUUGUCCAAAUGCAGAGAGGAGAGGCAGGGUGGCUGGGUAAGGUGGGUGCGGGUAGUUUGGCUGAGUGUGGUGAGACCAAUAAGAGGUUGAACAUAAAGAAGGGAGGGGUAGUUUAGCCAAGCACAUUGAGGAGGAGGAUGGAAAGGCAAGGGGAGGUGUGGGAUGACUGAAUGUAAUGAGGGGAGUUAUAAAUGGCAGAACAUAAUCAAGGGCUGGUAUGGGAAAGGGAGAUUUGGUCUGGCUGAGUAGAAUAUGAAGGGAUGCUGAGAACAGGGGUAAGGGAUGGUUGUGGGGGGAAUGGAGGAGCCUAGUGGGUUGGGUUGGUGGUGUGCUUAGGAUGAGGGUGGGGGCCAUGGGCGCGGUGGGUGAUGGUUCAGGUGCAACCCAGCACAAUUUGUAUUUAAGUUUGCUUGGGACAUUUUGUAAAUAUGAGCUUGAAAUUGGCAGCACCAAAACUAAUGCUUAAUUUUAUUUACCCUUUGUAGAAAUACAGCUCAGGCUUGUGGGGUCAGAUCAGGUGUCAGCUUCUACUAUACAGUGGGAAUUGGGUCCAAGCUUGGAGUAGUUGUGGGGCUUGGUGAACCUCCUGAAUUUUUGUUAGCUGUCAUUCUGCUGCAUUCCUGAAGCAGGGAGACUAAAUGUCAUCAAGGGGAAGAUGGUCAUAAGGAAGUGUGUUGGUGUUGAAUGAUUUGCUGCUCUUACUGAUUUGCUUUCAAAGAUAUUAACUAAGUGAUUAAUUUAUGCACUUUUUCAAAGUAACCUGUUUACAUAUGUUUCAGCACACAAGAAGAAAAGUGAUUUAAUUUGUUGUGCUGCAGGGUAUUUGGAGGUUCUGGUGAGUUGCUAUAAUGCUGGGAUAUUGAUUUUGUUUUUUAUGCUUGUUUUUCAGAUGGUUUUAUAUUUGUUUAAAGGUAUAUAUUCAAUUAAUUUUGUUUCGUCUGUUCAAUAUCUCAAUUCAGAAGCUUGAAGCAUUCUUCCCCUGCAACACGUAAGGGCUUUAGCUAAGGUCUGUAAAUUGUAGGUCUGUAUACGUGGUUGUGAAUAGGCAGCCCCAUAAGAUCAUGUGUCAAUCAAUGGUCUCCUGUCCACCUCAGUUUGGACUAGAUCUCGAGAGAAGCAAAAUGGUAUCACAUUUGCUGGUGUUCUACUUAAUUCAAAUGGCUGCAGAUAUCACAGUAUAUGGAGCAGAGAAGCUCCAUUCCAUCAAAUGCCUUCUGAAAAAUGGAUUAAUAGACUGCAGCCGGGCUCAAAUGGUGAGUCUGAGUUCAGUUUGAGAUAGGUUAGUAUGUAGAAACUCCAACAUAUGGAAUUUGCUUCUAGGAGUAGAUACCCUGCAAAGUGAUUCACAGCUCUAGACUGCUGAAUAGGCAAUAUCUCUGCAUGCUUCCUUGGUGGAAAAGUCCUCAGUUUGUAAAGAAAUAUUGUCGGGUUGCACUGUGUAUGUGAAGAUGACAGGGAUUCCCUACCAGCAUUGAUACAAGCCUUGGGACUCGCUACAGACAUAAAUUGAGGGGGAAUUCACUAAACAUGGCACGACAGGAACUAGCUACACAAAUAAAACAGCUGGAGUUGCACCACCUUGCUUGUGGAUGGGGACAUAAUUCAUAAUGUGUCCAAGGAUAAACUCCACGGUACACAACUGAGAAUGGGUUAAACGUGGCAGAUGGUCCUAGCCUACAGCAUAGAGAAUGUUUCUGCACAUUUAGACAAUGGAUAACCCUUACCCUGAAGAAUAAGAAUCCAAUGCAUAGAUGAGUAGCAAUGUUAUAUGAUUUUGUGAGUUUGAGGGCUUUAAUUGCGAUUAUGUUAGUGUCAUAAAUCUAAUGAAGUUGCUGAAAUCCAGUUGUUGGUAAAAGUUUGUUCUGUUCAGGUGCUCUAGCUACUUGUGGCAGUUCUGCAAUACUCUGAUUGUGUAGCACCAGUACUUGGUGUCUCCGAUUCCCAGUCCACAUGGUGGCAUCCUUGUACCAGCCAACUGCAGGAAUCAAUUUUGAUACUGUGUAUAUAACAGAGGCAUAGUAUAAUUAAUAAAAUUAUACACAUUA